AUGCAGCUCACUUCAGUCCUCGUUUCUGCUCUCCUCGGCGCCGUCUCUGUCUCUGCCGCCGCAACCACCACUUUCCCCUCUGCUGCCAGCAGCACCACUCUCUCCGCCGCCAAGACCAUCACUGGCACUUUCGAUGGUGGUAUGAAGCGCUUCGGCCGUGGUGUCUCCUGCUCUGGCCAGGCCGAAGGUGGCAACAAGGACGCCGUCUUCAUCCUCGAAGCUGGCGCCACUCUUAAGAACGUCAUCAUCGGCAAGGACCAGAUUGAGGGUGUCCACUGUCUCGGAAGCUGCACCAUCCAGAACGUCUGGUGGGAAGAUGUCUGCGAGGAUGCUUUGACCAUCAAGCAGAGCUCCGGCACCUCGUACGUCACCGGAGGAGGCGCCAAGAACGCCGACGACAAGGUCAUCCAGCACAACGGUGGUGGAAAGGUCGUCAUCAAGGACUUCUACGUUCAGGACUUUGGCAAAUUGUGGAGGUCGUGCGGUAACUGCAAGUCUGGACAGACCAAGCGCCAGGUUGAGAUGUCGGGUGUUGUGGCCAAGAACGGAAAGUUGCUUGCUGGUGGCAACGAGAACUAUGGUGAUACCAUCACUAUCAAGUCCACCAAGGUCUCAAACGUCAAGAAGAUCUGUGCUAGAUACACUGGCAACUCUUCCGGCGCCGAGCCCAAGGAGCUCGGAAGCGGCCCUGACUCCAAGGUCUGCUUGUACUCCGCCUCGGAUGUCACUUCUAUCUAA